AUGAUUGAAAAUUUAGAGCUUUGGAUUGAAUUGCUAGAUACACAAGUUUCUUGUUCAAGACAUCCUUAUUUUUCAUGCAAUGUCAACUAUGAUGACCAUGUUUUCCACAAGUGUAGCACAAAUCAUGAUUGGUUUGGGACGACACCAAGCAUAGAGGGUGGCAAAGGCAGUGCCAAUCUUCAUUCGAGCGAUGGAGGUGAGCUGGGUGGUGAUGCCAAACAUGGGAAUACAGUAGCCGACGCCAGGCAUGUUGGCGACGGUGCCAUUCGUAUAGUAGGCAACUUUAGAUGCAUAGGAGUAGGCAAUGCCAGGCGUGCAACAAACAACACCAAGCAAGGCAGAAGCAGAGGCAGUGCCCUUAGCAGAGACUGGGCAGGCGAGAGUGUUGGCACAGGCUCCGACGCUGGCACAAGUGCUGGCGGAGUGUUGGGCAACAAUUCUAGGAUGUUAGGCCCCAAUUAG